CUUAAAUCUUAAUUAAUCAACCACCAAUAAAGCUAUAAGCUCUCAUUACAACCAGCUUUCGGCUUUCCCAAGACCAAAAACCCCACUGACCAAACAAGAAAAAGCAAGACCCAUAGUCAGUGUUAAUAUGAGGGAAUAGAUAAAAUAACCCAACAUUUACUCUAUUAAACCCCAAAACACAAAGCUUGCAUAACUCUUUCCUCGUUGUUAAACAACAUACAAUGCCAAAACGAAGCUUUCCCAACAAAUCAUCCAAAGCUUCCUCUUUCUUUGUUAAAAUCCAAUAAUCUUGACGUGAACCCUUCUCAUCCCAAAAUAAAACCCCCAAAACCCGAACCCUAUUUACCAUAACUUCACACAUUCACUACUAUCUAAUGGCACCUCUCACUUAUCUCUUCUUCCCACUUUUCCUCCUCUUUGCCUUAACACACUCCCGAAGCACACCACACUCCUCCAAAACGACACUCCUCGACGUCGUUUCCUCCCUCCAAAACGCACACAAUGCCGUUGCCUUCACCCCCCAUCACCUUAACCAACACCAACGACAACAAGAAGCCUCGCUUCUAUCGUCGUCGUUUGGUAUUCACUUACGUUCCCGAGCCUCAAUUCAGAAACCCUCCCACAGAGACUACAAAUCGCUAACCUUAUCUCGACUCGCUCGCGACUCAGCCCGAGUCAAAUCUUUACAAACUCGCCUGGAUCUCGUUCUGAAACGCGUCUCGAACUCGGAUCUCCACCCGGCCGAGUCAAACGCCGAGUUCGAAGCCAACGCGCUACAAGGUCCUGUUGUGUCGGGAACGAGUCAGGGAAGCGGCGAGUACUUCCUCCGAGUCGGAAUCGGAAAGCCACCGAGUCAGGCCUACGUGGUGCUCGACACGGGAAGCGACGUGAGCUGGAUCCAAUGCGCGCCGUGCUCCGAAUGCUACCAACAAUCGGAUCCAAUUUUCGACCCAGUUUCGUCGAAUUCGUACUCUCCGAUCCGCUGCGACGCGCCGCAGUGUAAGUCCCUGGACCUCUCCGAGUGCCGCAACGGCACGUGCCUCUACGAAGUCUCCUAUGGCGACGGAUCAUACACCGUCGGAGAGUUCGCCACGGAGACGGUGACGCUCGGCACGGCGGCGGUGGAGAACGUAGCCAUCGGAUGCGGCCACAACAACGAAGGACUGUUCGUCGGCGCCGCCGGUUUGCUCGGCCUCGGCGGCGGAAAGCUCUCUUUUCCAGCACAGGUCAACGCGACGUCGUUUUCUUACUGCCUCGUGAACCGCGACUCCGACGCCGUUUCAACUCUGGAGUUCAACUCUCCGUUGCCUCGAAACGUCGUUACUGCGCCGUUAAUGCGGAAUCCCGAGCUCGACACGUUUUAUUAUCUCGGAUUGAAAGGAAUCAGCGUUGGCGGAGAAGCUCUUCCGAUUCCGGAAUCGAUUUUUGAGGUUGACGCCAUCGGCGGCGGAGGGAUUAUUAUCGAUUCCGGCACGGCGGUGACGCGGCUUAGGAGUGAGGUUUACGACGCGCUCCGCGACGCGUUUGUGAAGGGGGCGAAGGGGAUUCCGAAGGCGAACGGCGUGUCGUUGUUUGAUACAUGCUACGACUUGUCAUCGAGGGAGAGUGUGCAGGUUCCGACGGUGUCGUUUCAUUUUCCCGAAGGGAGGGAGUUACCGUUACCAGCGAGGAAUUACCUGAUACCGGUUGACUCGGUGGGGACGUUCUGCUUCGCGUUUGCGCCCACGACGUCGUCGCUUUCAAUCAUGGGGAACGUGCAGCAGCAGGGGACACGUGUCGGUUUCGAUAUCGCGAACUCGCUCGUUGGAUUCUCUGCUGAUAGCUGCUAAUAGUGGAAAAGCGUGCGUGGUAUACGUAGAACAGAAGAAUCUCGUGCUUACUUUUAAUUUAAUUUAAUAUUUGUUUUUAAUUUUCAGAAUUUGUAACGGUGGAGUAAGGGAAAGGGAUAAUUUGUUUUUAUUUUUAUUUGCAACUGUAACGUUUGGGACCAUUCGGAUAAGGUACAAUGUAAGUUGGGCCAGCCGAAUGGUGCUAAAAUGUAGAGUGAGUGAGUGGGUGAGGAGGAAGUGGUGCUUAUAAAAUGGUGAGGGCCAAGUUUAGAUUUAGAUAAAGGUAUUUCUUUGGUUAGGUUUUGUAAAAUUAGGUGAAAAGUUAGCUUAUUAAAUUAUAAGUGAUAAGUAAAAUUAGGUGUUGUAA